AUUCUCCAAUUCUAACUCAACAAAAUAGAAUAAGAGAGAUAUGGUCUCUCCCGCCAUAUUCGCCUCUAACCUCUCCAUCUUCAUUUCCUACGCAAAGAGACUCAAAGUCAAUCAAAUCAAAUACCAUACCAACUUCCUUCCUCUCUCAACCCCCAAAACCCCUUCUUUCACUUCGUUUUUUAAUUCUUCCAAUCACAAUUUAUUACUCUAAAACCAUUUUUGUUUUUCUUCUAGAGGGAAUAUAAAAAAAAAGAAAAAGAAAAAAUAUGCACCGAAUUUGUUAUAGAACGCGACCCCUUCUUCGCUUCCCUCGUCAAAGAAGUAUUUCUUCAGAAUCACAAUCACCUUCUUCUUCCUCUUCUGCUUCUUCUUUUGCUAAUAAUAAUAAUAAUCAAAACGGUGAAAAUGAUAUUAAUAUUAAUAUUCGAAAUUCCCAAAAUGUCCCUCCACCUGUUCCUCGCAUUAAUAACCGUCUCUUCAUUCAGCACUCUCCUUCACGCGCCUCCGCAAUCGCCCUCUCCGCCGCCGUAGUCUCCGCGGUCGUCGCCUCCAUCACGCUUUUCAACUCGCAGCAGAAAUCCGAUCAUCACCACCAUGGCAACGGAGGUGGUGCUCUCGAGAAUGCAGCGCAGAAGUCUGCGGACUCGCUCGGGAAGAUCUUCCACCACGCGCAGCGGACGGGAGCAGCUGCCGCCGUGCUGUGGCAAUCGCUGCGGUCGGUAUUGUCGUCGGCGAACCACGAGGUACGGUCAGGGUUUGAGAUAAGAGUCGCGGCGCUGCUCGCUGAUAUAGCCGCUGCGAAUUCUGGACGCAGGGCGGCGAUCGUUGGAGCUGGCGGAGGCGCUGUCGUGGAUUGGCUGUUGGAGUCUGUGACGUCUCCCAAGGAUGGCGGCGGUGCACAGGCGGAGUCGGCGAGGGCGCUGGCAUACCUUAUUGCGGACCCUAACGUCUCUGCCGCCGUGCUUGGAAGGCCUCACGCCAUUCCCAAACUUCUGAGGUUCAUCUUCUCGUGCCAGCCUCGGCGGAAUUCCAAGAACAAGAAGCAGCAUUCAAGACACAGUGCGCUUGAUAUCUCGGAUUCUUUGAAGGGUAGGAGUAUGCUGGUAGCUGCAAUUAUGGACAUUGUUACAUCCAGCUGCAACAAUGCAGAACAGGUAUCUUUUAAGCCGUCAUUGCCUGGAAAUGCUGAGACCAGGGACAUUGCUGCUGCUCUACAAGUUAUUGAGGAAGGGGGUUUGCACUUGGAUGAGCCACCCGAAGAUGAUGAUGGUGGUAGUGGUGACAGUGGAAAGAAAGGGAUUGGAAUCAAGAUACUUGAAGGUGGUACCACUGUCUUAGGGCUUUCAAGGACCAGCUGUUUAAUGCAGGUCAAUAAUUCUAAUUCCAGCCACAAGGAACUGUUAAAGCAUUACACUCCUAAAUCACUCGUAUAUGAAAGUAAGUAUGACAAUUCAUUAGCACAAGAUAUGUCCGCUGCUGUAGUUCCUGGUCUCUGGGAUGAUUUGCUUUAUGAACAUGUUGCUGUUCCUUUUGCAUCCUGGGCAUUGGCAAAUUGGGCAACGGCAUCACAGUUGAAUAGAUCUCGGAUUCAAGAACUAGACCAAGAUGGAAACGCCAUCAUGUCUGCUUUAUUGGCACCAGAGAGAUCUGUCAAGUGGCAUGCAAGUUUGGUGGCAUGGUUGCUGUUAGAAGACCGCAAUAUGCCUUUGAAUGAUUCUAUUUCUGAUUGGAGUUCCAGUCUUCUUUCUACUAUAUCCCAGGCCUGCAAGCAUGAAGACUUUUCACUGGCCAAGGUAGCUUUUUCUGCUUUUCUGUUAUCUGUCGAGAGAAGUCCUGAGGCACAGAAGAUAGUGAUGGAUAAAGGUUUAAAUUCAAUGAGAGACAUUGCCAAGCAGACAUCAAAGAAUAAGCAAGUGCAAGAAGCAAUGGCAAAGGCAUUAGAACUACUCUGUACUGGGGACUUCCAUUUGUCUCUUGAGGAGGGUCAAAAAUGGUCAGGCAUUCUUCUUCCUUGGGUUUUUGGAACAUUUUCCUCUAAUGCUAUACAAUCUUCAGCCAUAAAGAUUCUUUCUCAGAUAUUAGAAGACCAUGGACCAAAAGCUGUGCCAGUUUCUCAAGGAUGGUUAGUCAUGCUGCUAAAUGAAGUGCAAAGUUCCAUCAAGAAAUCAAAUGAUAAACAAACCAGUCAACCUAAAAGUGAUAAUGUAAAGACCUUAAUCAAUCACUCCAAUAUUGCUUCUGCUGCACAAGUUGCAAAUCAGCUAGCUAGUGCAGUUGUUAUUCUGUCUGCAAAACAAUUGAAAACUACUUCCAAUACUGUGGAUGCAUCCCCGCUGGCUGAUUUUCUUGCUCUGGAUCCUUUAGCAGCAGCAUUUAAAAAUUUGAAAGUAGAUAGUCUGCCUAAAUUAGAUGCUGCAGAUUCUGCUGUAGCUACCUUGAAAGGGAUUAAGGCUUUGACUGAAGUUUGUUAUGAAGACUCUCUUUGUCAGGAGAUGAUUGUUGAUUUUGGAAUCUUAUGUUUGCUAAGGCGGUUUUUGUUGAAUGAUGAUUAUGAAAAACUGGCUGCAAUUGAGGCAUAUGAUGCAUCAUCUGGAGCACAUGACGGGCAGGGGAGGAAAUCCAAUGGCAAUGGAGAACUACCUAUCUCUGAUGCGAAAGAUUCAUCUAGUCUCCGAGUUCCACCUACAGCUCAUAUCCGCAGGCAUGCUGCUCGGCUGUUGACUGUUCUUUCUCUUCUUCCCAAAGUGAAGAAGUUUAUUAUAGCUGAUAAAACUUGGUGCAAAUGGCUUGAUGAUUGUGCUAAUGGGAGAAUCCCAGGUUGCAGUGACCCUAAACUACAAAGCUAUGCGAGGGCCACAAUCCUAAAUAUUUUUUGUAAUGACCAGCUUAAUGGAACACCUGAUAGUGGAAGCCAUAAGGAUGGUGGUGUAACAAGUAAUAAUGACUUCUGCCCUCGGUAUGACGACAUGAUAUUCUUGAUAAAUCCUCAUCUUCCUCACUGGAGGUGUCCCAAAAAAACAAAUGGACAAGAUGAUUCCUCAGAAGACAUAUCUAAGGCUACUUCCGCUAAAAAUUCAUCUAAAAGAAAGCUAGAUGCAAAUACUCCUGCCAUAGAUGUAGUUUUUGUCCAUGGCCUCCGUGGUGGGCCUUACAAAACAUGGCGCAUAUCCGAGGACAAAUCCUCAACUAUGCAUACCCUGGUGGAGAAGAUUGAUGAGGAGGCAGGAAAGCUUGGAACCUUUUGGCCUAGUGAAUGGCUUUCCAGUGAUUUUGCUGAGGCUCGCAUGUUUUCUCUCAAAUACAAGACUAACCUCACACAGUGGUCUGGAGCUAGCUUGCCGCUUCAGGAAGUUAGUUCGAUGCUCUUGGAGAAGCUUGUUGCUGCAGGAAUUGGGGAUCGGCCUGUUGUUUUUGUUACUCACAGUAUGGGGGGCUUGGUUGUGAAGCAGAUCCUUUAUAAAGCAAAGGAGGAAAGACAUGAUAAUCUUGUGAAAAAUACAAAAGGAAUUGUGUUUUAUAGCUGCCCACAUUUUGGUAGCAAACUUGCAGAUAUGCCUUGGCGAAUGGGCCUUGUGCUACGUCCUGCUCCAACGAUUGGGGAGCUAAGAAGUGGGUCUGCAAGAUUGAUACAGCUUAAUGACUAUAUUCGUCACCUUCACAAGAAAGGGAUGCUUGAUGUUCUCAGUUUUUGCGAGACGAAGGUAACUCCAAUUGUUGAAGGUUAUGGUGGAUGGGCCUUCCGACUGGAAAUUGUACCAAUCGAGUCUGCAUAUCCAGGAUUCGGGGAACUAGUCGUAUUGGAGUCAACAGAUCAUAUAAAUUCUUGCAAGCCGUUGAGCCGCGCAGACCCUUCAUAUAUAGAGACAUUGAAGUUCUUACAGAAAUUGAGAGCAUUCUAUACUUGAGCUUGUGAUGAUGCUUCUUUGCGAGAUUUGUAAAUACUUCUGAAAAGAGUUCAGCUAGGUGUAUGGUUUACACGGCUUCUGGUGCGCGACAUUCGCAUGUCAACUGCAUGGGAAGUUCAUAGAUCUUAUGGUUAGAUCUGAUCGUAGCAUGAUAGCAUUUACAAGUUUAGGACUAACAAAUUUCUUGCAAGCCUUCUCAUUUGUUUUUUGGCUUGCCUUAGUUGUACAUUUCCAUUCCCCAAUCAUUCAUUUGUUGCUUCAAAUUUUCAUGAACCUUGUGUCUUGUAGGUCUGCUAUUUUGGGGUUUGUAAUCAGUGUCUCUUGUACAUAAUAAAUAGGAAAUAUGAUCAUUACUUAUGUAUAUAUAUCAUUGAUUAUUGAUUAUUUUCACAUAA